AUGGCGAUUUUCAAAUCCUCAUACUACGAUAAAGAUUACAGAGCGGGGGCUGCUCUUCUUCGAGCCCGUCGACCGUAUUUGUUUAAAAACGCUGCUACUGGAAUCGCGCUUUUUGCCUUCUGUAUUGGUGUUUAUGCUUUCACGAUAAAUGCUGUUGGGCAAGAUGAUUUCUCCGACGUAAUAGUCCCAGAGAAGAAGAUGGUCGACGCAGAACCAGCUCCGGCAGUGAAAUAA